GGGCUGCUGGUCUGGUUGAGUCUAUUCUCUCCUCUGUACCAGGACAAGAUCACAUCUCUUCACAACACAAACCACUGAACAGCUGAAGAUUUAGAGGAAUGAACCAUUUGUUGAGAUGGAGAAGGCUUGCCAGACUGACGUUCAUGCUGCUAUAUUUUGUCAUUAAUGUACUCUGUGCUUCUCAGCAAACAGUCCAGUCUGAGAUUCAGCGGGUGAAAGGCAUCGUGGGACAGACUUUCUCUUUUCCAGAGAGGGUGAUCAAGACUGGCAAUUUACUUUAUGGAGACCUUGACACUAUUGCAAAUGUGUACCCUGGUAAAGAAGGCAAAAUCACCCUUGAGAAGAGAUUUGAAAACCGCCUCCGCUUGAACAAUGUUACAAGAUACUUCACUCUCUCAGACCUUCAGAUUGACGAUGCUGGGCUUUAUACUGUUGAGAUUACAGACGAAGGGAAAAAAACUAAAACAUUUGAGCUCAUUGUAUACAAUUUUGUUUCCAAACCUCAGGUGACAGACUGUGACAGCAGCUCCUGUAGUGUGGUGUGUUCUGUGGACAAUGAAAAAGAGGUGACCUUGACCUUGUACAGAGGAGAGGAAAUACUAAACCAGACCAGCAGUCCUGAUCUCACCACUGAUCUAUCUCUACGUUUGGAGGUAGAGGGAAAGAACUACAACUCCACCUACAGCUGUGUGGCUGCUAACCCUGUCAGCAAUGAGACAGUUCAUGUCCCAAAAUGUUGCAGUGAAGAUGGUCAUGCUAAUGAUGCAGACAGUGGUGAGAGGACUCUGGGUAUGCUUAUUAUUGCUGUAAUCUGCGUUUUGGUUGCCUCAGGGCUGGUUGGACUUGCAAUCUAUCUAAAGAAGAGGGGAAAUGAACACUCACAAGGCAGGAGGAGCGAACAGAUAUACCAGAAUUGGAGUCGAGUAGAGAAAACCCUACCCUGACAUCAGUUUAUGAUACACUCCUGUUACAUCGCAUGGCUGCCAGCGGGGAUGUUGACACAGCAUGAAAGAGGAAAACGGGAGGUCAAUAGGAUAACUCACAUCAUGUAGGGGACAGUAUAUCAGAAAGACGACGUUGAAACAAAAUGAAAGUAAAAAUAUAUUCACCCAGAAAACCUUUUAGAGGUACAGUUGUUAUGGGAGAAAAAUCCCCCGGAACUGUUGCGCUGAUAUAAAUUCAGGGUUUCUUUGUAGGUCAUUCUCAGACAUUCUGUCAAAUAGGAGCCUCGAUGACAUCCACUGAUAAGGACCCAUUCAAUAACUAUGCAUUGAGUUAGUAGCAGGAUCAGGAUAAUCCUUCUUUUCAAGUGCCUUUUUUCCCAAAUCCCAAUGUAUAAGUUAAAAACGAAUGGAACAUAUAUUUUAAUGCAAUUCACUAGUGUGUUUGCAAUGCUACCACUGUGCCAAAGUCACUCCCUCCUGCAGACUCUGUACACUCUCCUUCUAUCAGAGAAUGUUGUGCUCCACCUACAUUAGUGCAGCCUUUGUAUAUAUCUGCCAGCACAGGUUACUAUGACCCGAAAAUACAAAAUCUGUCGAUACCAUAGUGAGUUGUUGCAUUGUUAUACUACUCUAUUUCAGAGUAGUUACUGAGACUGAAUAUGAAGAUCUAAUUCACUUUUCACUAUUUUAAAAUAAUCUCUUGACUUAUUCAAACUCAUAAAAAUAAACAUUUUGUACUGAGCUUCAAUAUAUUAAGUCAAAGACUUACCCAUACAUUUCAUUUAAAGUCAUAAAAUGUGUAUAUUUCCUGAUGUUUAACAGUCAUCAAUACAUCAAUACCCUUGCUUGAAAUAUAUUAAUGUUUUACAUACCCCAUCACAACACAAAAUAUGAUGGUAGAUUACUCCGUUCUCCAUUUAUGUGUUUGUUGUCAUUUAAAUCUGUGUAAACAAAUAAUGUAUUGCUUCAGAAUACUUGUGUAAACUGUCAUUCCUUGAAUCCAUGGCUGCUUCUAUUAGUUUGAGAGUGGCAACAUUUC